ACAACGCUAGUUUUCUUUUGACAGAAGUGGUUACGUUCGUUCUCAUCUGUGGUUCGUUUCGCUUUUGUGGUCAAUUUAUUAGUUUUGUGACUGUUUAGUUAGAUCUAUGUUGUGACUAUUUACAUCGCUGCCGUUGUUUAGGAGGUAUCAUUUAAAAUACCUCCGCGUCAUACAUUUGUGUUGUAGUGGCACGAUUUGACAUUUGUAUACUGUUAAUGUUAGCUAGCCCUGCACAAUGGAAGCUCGAUAAACAGCUUCCCCACCUGAGAGACUGAGAGUGCAUCUGCAAGAACGCGGUCGCGGGCACGUACAAUCCGUCUGGCCAUCGGCACUUUCUCUCGCUGAUGCGUUGCGAGUCUGUUACUCAAUACACCGUUGUGCAAAGACUUGUGAGACUCGCCAAUGUUUCCUAACGGUAGUGUGUAAACUGCGGGGGCUGUAGUUGGCCGCGUUGCACGGGUUCGCAAGAGUGUAGAGUGUGAUGUGCUUCGGGAGUGUUUUGUGAUGGUGGAGCGCGACGGCAUGAGGCGUGGCAGCGGCGGCGGUUGCGGCUGGGGCGGCGGAGUCCUGGGCCGCUGGUCUCUCCGAAGACUGCUCCUCGACAGCCCUUUGGUGGGCAGGAGACUCGCGCACACAGUGCUAGACCAGGGCGACUCGCGGCCGUCCAAGUCGAGCGCGGAGCAGCAGCAGAACAAACAGCAGACUACCGUCGAGUUCAUAGCGGAGGACGAGGAGAGCGAAGGGCUCGAGUGUCCACUAUGCCUGACGGCGGUGACGUCCGCCAGCGUGGUGCGGCUGGCUGGCUGCUUCCACCGCUGCUGCGAGUCCUGCCUGCGCCAGUACCUCGCCAUAGAGAUCUUCGAGGCGCGGGUACCUGUCAACUGCCCCGUCUGCCACGAAAGCAUGCACCCAUCAGGUUAG